GUUUGAACAUCAUUGCCCAUGAGCUCCAGCGCCGAGUCUCUAUCACGUGACCCUCACGUGACGUCAUGUGUCAACAUGGCUGCCGUUCUGUCCUGCGAACAUUUUGACAGUUUACUGCUCCUCCUGAAGGCGCCGUCUAAAGACGCAGUGAGAGACGUUUGUGUUCAGAGUCACAGGGGGACGAACCGCCGGCUGGAGGAGACAACGGCGGAGACCAUAAACGUCUCCACGGCUCAGGCUGCUCAGCUGCUCCACUCUCUCCACCUCCUCUCUCACCACGUUCUCUUCCACCACCUGGGUUCUGCAGAGCAGAUCCUCAGUUUGUUCCCUGACUCCUUCCACUCCAGUCUGAAGAACCUCAUCACCAAGAUCCUGCUGGAGAACAGUCCGACGUGGAGAACCGAAGCCCUCAGAGAUCAGAUCUCUCUCCCCCGGCUGAAGGAGUUGGACUGGAGAGUCGACAUGGUGACCGGAUCAGACUCAGUGGGUCGGAUGUCCGUCCCGACCUGCCUGGUCCAGAUCAAGAUGGAGGACUCGUGUCCGUCGGCGGGCAGCGAGCCGGUUUCCACGGUGACGGUGGAACUGAGCCGGGAGUCGGUGGACACCAUGCUGGACGGACUGGGACGCAUCAGAGACCAGCUGUCUGUCGUCGCUGCCAAGUGAUUGGUCCGCCCAGGCGAUGACAUCACAAAGCCAUGAUGUCACCGUAGUUUAUUUUUGUUGGUCCUGUAUUCAGGUUUUUAUUCAUUAGUUGGAAUGUUUACAAAAAUGUGUCAAGAACAUAUUUACUAAAACAAAAACUUUUGUUUCUAAAACAUUUUGUACAGUUUUCUCAGACUAAUAAAUAAUGAAUAUCUGCA